AUGGCCGAACCUCUCACCCAAAGUGAUAUAUUCUACAUCACGCUCACUUGUUACUACUGGGGCUCUUCUUCGCCACGUUUUACCCACGAACACACAAGUGAAGCCGUAAAAGCACUUGCGCAACUCUAUAUUGACUAUCCAAAUAUUACAGAUGAUCAAGUAGCAAGCUACUAUGGUUGGGACAUUAAAACAUACGACGUCAUGGCCAUGAAUUUUGCGCCAUUCAAUGAAACGGCGUUCGCAGCGGAGCUAUUACCGUUAGCGCCACAUCCGCGUUCUACCGGAUCAGUUUUGCCUUUGUUUAUCGUCUUUACGAUUCUCAGUACCGUGGUAAUGUCAUUAAGGCUGUGGUCAAGAUGGUCUUUGCUUGGGAGGAUCCAGAACUUUGAUUGGGUUGCUUUAAUUUCAUAUUUCUUAAUAGUCGCAUGGGGUGCAUAUGGUGUUCAUGCUAGUCUCGUGGGUGGUGAUAUGGCUAGUUGGUGUGAUCGGUCAUACUUCCAGAUUAAACAACAGUCAAUUGCUUAUAACGUCGGAAUGACAGCUUACCCAAUGGUCGUUCUAUCUAUCAAACUCGCCCUCUUGAUCUUCUAUUACCAACUAUCAACCUGGAACGCGCUUCGUACAGCCGUCUUAGUCACUGGUUUCAUAUCUAUCGGGAACGCAUUGGGUGGUUUCUUUGCCUUCUUGUUCCAAUGUCAUAAGGUAAACUUCUGGGACUCAGAGUUUGACCUGACUCUGAAAUGUGAAGUGCAUACUCUUAAGGCCAUCCUGGGUACUGGUAUUGUCAAUAUUAUCACCGAUGCUUUGGUAUGGGUGAUUCCUAUGCCGUUGGUGUGGAGGUUACAGUUGUAUCCUCGAGAGAGGAUUAUCGCAUUUUUUACCUUCGGGUUUGGUGGAAUCGCGUGUGUGGCUGCUGCCAUUCGCCUAGAAGCCGUACAGAAUUCUAUUAGAUUCGGGAUCGAUGGCAAAGACUCUAUUUUGCCGAUAAUUGCGUGGGGAAUCAUCGAACUUAACCUAGCUCUAAUAUGUAGCAGCGCCCCAGCUCUUCGCGCCCUUCUCAUGAAACAUAUCCCCAAGCUCCUCUCAUAUGGGAGCAGCGGGGCAUCAGAUAUCAAAUCCAUGUUCAAACGAACAGGUGGUAACAGUAGCGGGUCCGCUGGGACAAAAAUCCGGUCCGCGGCUGGUAAAACACAUAUUCAUGUUCAUUCCGAUCCUCAGUCUCCAGUCAGCCCUCAGUCCCCGUAUGGCAAAAACAUGUCAACAGCGUCGAUUCGUAUUGGGUAUGUUGAAUAUGAGAAGAGGGACUCCACGGGGACCGACGUUGAGUUACCGAUACAACAUCCGCCGAAGGCCGCUAAAAUAGAGGGGUUCGUUUGA